UUGCUUUGGAGAGCGAGAAAGUACGAGGUGACCGGACUGAGCGUGAAGUGCGCUUACAAUGUGCGGAUAAAGGACACGCGCAAAACGGAAUCCAACGCAGGACUCGCGCGCCGUGCACGUUCAGGGUUUGAGGGCUGUGCGCGAAGAGAAAGGAGGGGACACAGAGAGGAGAUCAACAACAGUGAAGCCUACAUACGCAGCCUGAAACGACGUGCGAUGGAGGACCUGAGUGAAAUGGACUGUCCGGUGGUGAAGCGGCUCCUAAAGGACGACAGCGCAAAGUGCCUGCUGCUGGACUGCCGCUCCUUCCUCGCCUUCAGCGCAGGGCACAUCCGCGGCGCAGUUAACGCCCGCUGUAACACCAUCGUCCGCCGCAGAGCCAAGGGCUCCGUGCUGAGCCUGGAGCAGAUCCUUGCAGGGGAUGAGGAGGUCCGGGGCCGCCUCCGCUCCGGGAUGUAUUCCGCAGUGGUGCUGUACGAUGAGAGGACGCCGGACGCUGAGACAGUGAAGGAUGACAGCAUUCUGACUGUGGUCCUCAAUGCGUUGUGCAGGGACUCAGCUGGCACACAAGUAUACCUGCUUAAAGGUGGAUACGACAGGUUUUUCGCAGAGUACCCAGAGUAUUGUUUAAAGACCAAAUGCUUGCCGUCCCUCACCAGCCAGUCCAGCAUUGACUCUGCCUGCUCGUCCUGUGGGACACCCAAUCACGAUCAGGGGGGCCCAGUGGAGAUCCUCCCGUUCCUCUACCUUGGCAGUGCCCUCCACGCCUCAAAGAAAGAGGUUUUGGACAGCAUCGGGAUCUCUGCGUUGCUGAACGUGUCCGCCAACUGUCCGAACCACUUUGAAGGGGCAUACCAGUACAAGUGUAUUCCUGUGGAGGACAACCAUAAAGAAGACAUCAGCUGCUGGUUCCUGGAGGCUAUUGAGUUCAUAGAUUCAGUAAGAGACUCCGGUGGACGAGUUCUGGUCCACUGUCAAGCAGGCAUCUCUCGCUCUGCAACCAUCUGCCUCGCAUACCUGAUGAAGAGGAAGCGUGUGCGUCUGGACGAAGCAUUCGAGUUUGUGCGCCGCCGUCGCAGCAUCAUCUCCCCCAACUUCAGCUUCAUGGGUCAGCUGCUGCAGUUCGAGUCACAGCUCCUUGCCACAUCGUGCGCUGCAGAAGCUGCCGCCACAGCCAGCCCUCUGCUGGGACCCAAGUCCUCAACGAUCACGACCUCAACGUCAACGACACCAACCUCCCCAUUCAUUUUCAACUUUCCAGUGUCUGUGGUGAACAGCGCAUACCUGCACCACAGCCCGCUCACGACCUCCCCCGGCUGCUGAUGGACAGCCAAUCACAACCUUCCCCCCCACAAAAAACUAACUAUCUGAGCACAGACUUGGCUGCCAUUGUCUGGAUGAGCGGUCAGUCUUACUGACUGCUUCAAGAUGUACAUGCUUCCAGGGUGGGGGAGGUAAAAAGCGUCAUGGUGCCUGAUUCAGAACUCAAAGACUGAAAAACCAAUCUUUUUACAGUUCAGAAACCAGCCAACGCUCCUUCAGUUUUAACACAAGAUUUCUUCAGAUUGACCAAAAAUGAACUGGCUUUCAAAACCUGUCUCAGUACACAAGUUCUGACGGAGUGUUGGACUGACAUUUGCUGAAGUUACACCCUCUUUCUUGAGAAAACAAAAAUAAAACAACAACACGCACAGAGGCACACGGAUACACACGCUGACACAGAGAGGCAUGAACGGCAGUGAACGCUCUCUGCCUCGCAAACACACGCGCACACACACACACACACAUAUUCAUGACUACCAACUGAAUAAGCUCAGUAUGAAGACAGGGUCUGUUGCUAUGGAGACAACAGGUCUUUAGGAGAGGAGAUGGACACAGGAAGGAAGGAGGAAUUUUAAGCACCCGCUCCUUCCCCUUUUGGUGUCCCUCCUGUUUCCAGACAAAAGAGAUGGAUGGAGAAAAGAGGGGAGGAGACAGUGAUAGAAAGCAGGAGCCUCUUCAGUGACAGGUGCUCUGCUGGCGAUCUGACCGGAGCUUCCUGUCUUUCAUACGUCCUCUUCCUCCCUCUGUCUCUCACCCACACCUUCCUUUCCUCUCAUCUCCUUUUCAUCCCCUUUUAUGCAUUCCCUCUUCCUCCUCCUCCUCCUCCUCCUCCUCCUCUUAUCGCUGCCUCUCAUCUUUACCCCGUCCAUCCUCUGUACCCUGCUGCCCAUCUCCUCACUGAAGAGGCUAAAUAAAUCAAAUAAGAUGCCAAAUAAUGGCCUGGGCCCUUGCUGAUGGACUGGGAAACCCCAUUGCAGGCCCCUGAUACACACUGUAGGAAACCCCAUCUGCCACAUCACAAAAAAGUAGUUUUUCGAGGACAGAUAAACAAAUAACGCCUUUGCAAAAAAUGUUUUUUUGCAUGUGUCGUUUCUGGGACACUUUGGUUCUUGAAUUUUAGAUCACAGCCCCAGUUUAGGAGCACAGUGGCUUUGGGAGAUGCUUAAGACAUAGACAGAGCUGCUUAAAGAACCAUGCUGGUGGUGAUGUAUGUUUUAACCCAUUAUAAAUAAUUUUUGCCUUAUGGUUGACCAUUUUCCAAAACAUACUUUUUAUACAUGGGUAUUUGUUCAUUUCCUUGGGGUACUUAAGUGAACUGAAAACAUAGGCUCCUAUGUUUUGAAAAAUGGUGAUUAUUUAGUUAAUGGGGAAAAUGUGCACCAGCAAUGGGUCUUUUAAGAUGUUUGUGCCUUGUUCAUAAAGGUAUCCCCUGGACUUUGGUGUUCCUGGAUUUGCCAAUGAAACAAUACUUUUUCCUUAGCUGCUAGAAAACAUAACGCUGAAUGUUAAUCAGCCUUGAAAUUCAGCAGGGCAGUACGGCCUCUUUUCUCUCAUUGUCAGAAGAGCAAAAGCUUCUCUUACCAUAAACUCACAGAUCCAUACAAAUGCACAUAAAUGCAUCCAACACUUUGUUUUAUUAGGCAUCAGAUGACAAAACUAGAAACAACAAAUGUAUAAAAAGCAAUGCUUUGAAUGGAUUCUCCAAACUGAAGACACCAUUCCUAAACCGUUGAUGGACUUUCAAAUGUUACUGUAAGAUGAUGAUUCUCAGACAUAUAUUUCUUUUUGCAGUGUGCUUCAUCUUGAAUCAGAGGAAUUUAGAGGCAAUAUUUACAUCCUUUGAUGUUUUCACAGAUCCUCAAACAGUAGCUGCAUUUCUAAAAAGACUGGAUAUUCAAAAUGUUUUUUACACUCUGCUUUAAAAACAUCAGGGACCCUCAGUGUUGCUCCUUGUGAGGAUAACCCAGGAAAAACAAAACUCAAUCACCUUCUGGUUUCACAUUUCAAAUCCAUACUGAAAGUGGAGAAAGGGAGGAAAAGAGAAAGAGGCCUAGGCCUUUGUGGUCACAGGAAGUUGUCCUUAAGCUCAUUGAGUGUAUGCCUGAUGUCCUGAUGUGCAUGCACACACACACAUACAUACAUAUGUACCACAAUCAUGACCCCGUUGUUGCAGACUUGUCCAAAGUUCAGUGUGUAGCAUUUUGUUGGGAGUCCUGCAAUACUGUACAAUCUGUUCAAGGAAAGAAACAAUAGCAGUGACUUCUUUGGGAUGUAAUACCCAAGCUUCAUGUCAAAUCCUUCUCAAUACCACAGUCUGAGACAAUGUUUGUAGUGCUCUGCCUUUAAACGGGCCAAGCUCUACACUCUUUGCUAGACAUCCAAAGGCACAAAGUCCAACCAUGGUUGUUUUUUUUUAACCUGGGUCCCCAUGUACGGACAAAACAAACAGACAGAUUCACACACAUCCACACAAGGUUUCAAAGAAAACAUAUGGUUCUGUUUUUGAAGAUUGUCAGCACCUAUCUCUGUAGCACUUUGAAGUGAUGCAAUACUGUAUUUAUAAUUUAUGAGUCAUUUGUGCAUCAUGGUUACGGUAGGCUGGCUAAACUUUGCAUCACAUGAUUUUAUUGAUGCAAAGUGAGGCCUAAAGAGAGAGAGAGAGAAAAGAGAGCCAAUCAGUUAAAAAGGCAAUAUUUUCUACACAUUGUGUGGUACCUGUCUGUCAGCCUGUCUGCCUCUCUGUGUUAGUCCAUCUGUCUUGACUGUCUCUCUGUCUGGUCAAUGCUGUUUACCCAUCAUGGCAAUAUCAAUCCUUCACUCGGACAUUUAUAUAUAGAAAAAAAACUUUCCCUCAAUUUUAUUGUGGAAUGACUGAUCUGUGGAUUUAUUUAUUAAUGAAGAGCCACUGUUGAAUAAACAAUGUUCUUAAUUAA